UCGUUGUCGUUGAGGGAGGCGCUGUUCGUUGUUGUUGCUUGUUUACGUGUCGACUAGUGGACUUUGAUUACCGCUGCGCUUUCUAUUAAAUUACCGGCGUUAAUUGUGAAUAAUGUUUAGAUUAAAGGUGAAUAAGGGCCGCCUUGGCUCCGCAGUGUCUGCAACGCGCAACUCGACAACAACCACGACCCAUGGGAAUCAUUACCAGUACCUGCAGACAUCAAAGUUACCGACGCUCUACUUUCAACGCUCUCUGCCCCGACUGCCCAUACCGCUGCUGGAGAAAUCCUGCGAGAGAUUUCUGUCCGCCGUGCAGCCCAUAGUCAGUCCCGAUGAAUACAGGCAGACGCAACAGGUGGUCGAAGAGUUUCGCCAAGGCAUCGGCAUGGAGUUGCAUGCGAAGCUGAAGCAACGCGAUGAGGCCAACAAACACACCAGCUACAUUUCGCAACCCUGGUUCGACAUGUAUCUCGCGGAUCGCGUUCCCCUGCCCCUCAACUAUAAUCCCCUCGUCGUGCUCAAGAACGAAACGCGGCCAGAGUACCAGCAACAAGUGGUUCGCGCCACAAAUAUGAUCAUCAGCUCGCUGCGUUUCUGGCGCUCGCUGCAGGCGAAUAAACUGGAGCCCGAGGUGUAUCACAUGAAUCCCAAGAAGACGGACACGGAUAGCUAUCGUCGCUGGAUGAGCGUUGCACCCAAGGCCUUUGCCACAUACGCCUCGUACGCAUUCAAGGCUUUUCCCUUGGACAUGAGUCAGUACAGUCGCCUGUUUGGCACCUCGCGCAUACCGAGAAUAGGCAAGGAUGAGCUGGUGCUGUCACCGGACUCCAAGCACAUUAUGGUCAUGCGUCGUGGCAACAUGUAUACCAUGAAUGUGCUCGACAGCAGCGGCUACAUUGAAAGUCCCAGCGUCAUUCUGGGUCGCCUCAAAAGCAUUAUCGAGCUGGACUCGCAAAAGGAAGCCGCCAGCGUGCCCCUGGGUGUAUUGACAUCCUCUCAGCGUGAUGAAUGGGCCAAAUCCCGAGCGCAUUUCAUCAGCAGCUCAAAGAAUGCGGAGCUUCUGCAACGCGAAGUAGAUGGAGCGUUGUUCUGUGUAAGCCUUGACGGUGUGGAGGAUGGUGUCUACAAUGAUGACAAUCCAUCGCCACUGCUAAAGGAAUUGCUGGCAGGCAAGGCAACAAAUCGUUGGUUUGACAAGUCCAUCUCGCUGGUGAUCAGUGUCGAUGGCACAACUUCCAUUAACUUUGAGCACUCCUGGGGCGAUGGCGUCGCUGUGCUGCGUUACCUCAACGAGAUCUACAGGGACACCACGAAGCAACCCUAUGUAUCGUCAUCUACGCCACAUACUCCGGCAGAUGGCGAUAGCUACAAUGUGCGUUCCCUUGACUUUGAGAUUGAUGACAAGACUCGAGCCGCUGUCGAGGCAGCUUACUCCAAGAAUGCCAGCAUUAUGGCCAACCUCGAUAUGAAUGUUAUGAAGUAUCCAAAUCUGAACAAGGGAACUUGCAAGCGUCAUGGCUUAAGUCCCGAUUCGAUUAUGCAGCUCUCCUUCCAGCUGGCCUAUCGUCAGGCUUUUCAGCGCUACGUGGGCACCUAUGAAUCCUGCAGCACGUCGGCUUUCCGACACGGCCGUACAGAGACAAUGCGUCCCUGCACCAUGGCUACAAAAGCCUUCUGCGAGGCGGUUCUGCAACCUUCUCAAAAGCAACCCAGCGCUGGAGAACUGCGUGCCAUGAUUGACAAGUGCAGCAGUGUGCAUGGUCAACUGACCAAGGAGGCUGCCAUGGGACAGGGCUUUGAUCGCCAUCUGUUUGCCCUGAGGCACAUGGCAGAGCUGGAGGGAUUGCCGCAACCGGCACUAUAUGAGACUGAAGCCUAUCGACGCAUCAACUAUAAUAUUAUAAGUACUUCUACGCUGGGUGCAGACACGGUUAUUGCCGGCUCCUUUGGUCCAGUUGUAAAGGAUGGCCUUGGACUUGGCUACUCCAUUCAAAAUGACAUGGCGGGCGCCAUUGUGACCUCGUACAAGGGUCAGGCUCAGGGCAAAGAGUUUAUCGACAGCCUGGAGUCGGCAUUUGACACCAUUUGCACGGUGAUUGAGCGCAGCAGCAGCUCCGCCGCCAAAGUCAGCGCAAACAGAAAUUAAAUAUUGAGAUUGAGUCAGAAAUAUAAAAUUAGUAAUGGUUGUAAAACGAAUCGCGAUUUAUUAUGAUGAUGAUACAAAAGUGUAACACCUAAGUGUUUGGCAAUACCUUAUUCCAAGUUCAACGAUUAUAUUGGUUCUAGAGCUAAGUCCGUUUGCCAUUACAAAUUAUAAUUUGCAUACAGAUGUCAUCAUCAUUGGAUGUAUUUUCUAUAAAUAAACUGGUGACUGUUCUAGGUCAGGUAGACGCUUUAA